GAUUGAGGGGAGACUGUGACUGAGCAGUAUCGACAUUUUCGGAUUUACCAAGAAGUCUGGACAGUCAUAUGGUUAAUAGGAAAUUGUCCUGUUCAUUUCUGAUCCGAGGUGUUUGAUAAGAGGCAGAACUAUGGAGUAUCCUCUGGUGUGGGUUCUCAUCCUGGUGCUGCUCAACUUCACUACAGAUGUCUCUGGCCAGGUGGUGGUUCCCUCGAUGAACCCCUUAGCUGUGGGCAGUAAUGUUACCCUGGACCUAAUUCCUCAAAGCCCCAUCAACAUAGGGACCUGGUCAUAUGAAACUACAAACAUCGUCCUUUUCUAUCCUGGUGGCAGUAUUGUGAGUAAAAGUUAUCAAGGCAGAGUCUCAUUCAACCGUUCCUCCUCAGAGCUGUCCAUAAGCUCUCUCCAACUCAACGACUCAGGACGAUAUACCGUGCAGGGAAUGGAGCCAGUCCUGAAAGCUGUGGUGACUUUGUCUGUCCAGGAGCCCAUUUCAAACGUGACUCUAAGUGCCAACGCUACUGAUCUAGUGGAAUUGAACGACACUGCCAUGUUCACCUGCUCCAUCUCCUCUGGCACCUCCCUCUCCUACCGCUGGCUAAAUGGCAGCUCAGAGGUCACAGCUAGUGACAGAGUUCGGCUUGGUGGUGGGAACAGCACUCUCACCAUAGUCAGUGUGACACGACACGAUGAAGGGCCGUUCAGAUGUGAGGUCAUCAACGGAAUCAGCAACGGCACCAGCCAGCCCAUUGGCCUCAAUGUUAGAUAUGGCCCAAGUAACCUCACCAUGAUGGUAGUUCCUGAGAUGACCAUAGGACAUACAGCCUACAAGACGGGCUCUGACAUCACUCUGUCCUGCUCUGCUCAGUCCAAACCCGCUGAGUCCUACAAGUGGAGGUUUAAUGGGAUGUUCCUCAACGAGCAAAGCCCACAGCUCAGCCUGCAGAACACCAGAGAGAACCAGACAGGAAGUUACGCCUGCUUAGCCUACAACAAUGUCACACUCCGAUACGCCACCAUGAGCACAAUGAUAAAGGUUGUGGAGCCGAUAUCAGCGGUUUCGUUGAACCGUGAUGGGAAGCCACCGAUACUGGAUCAGUUGUUCACUCUGCGGUGUGAGGUGACUGGACCUGUAGACUACAUUCACUGGUUGAUGAACGGCCAGCUCAUCUCCCUAAACAACAGAACAUUCUUCUCUACGGGCAACAAGACAAUGGUUAUCAAUCCAAUCCAAUUUUCUGACCAUGGAGAAUAUCUCUGUGAGGCCUUUAAUGCUGUCAGCAACCUGACCAGCAUGACAUACAAGCUUGUGGUAAACUUUGGACCAGAGAGACCUGCUAUAACUAGUCCGGAUAUAGCAAUGACAGGACACAGCGUGACCUUCAACUGCUCAGCCUCCUCUCAGCCUCCCAGUCAGUUCAGUUGGAUCUUCAAUGACUCCCAGAUGGCGGCUGGCUCAGUGUAUGAGACUGGCGCACUGAUCUUAGCCAGUAAUGGAGAGUACACCUGUGUGGCCUUCAACAACGUCACUGGCAGAAACAGCACUGUCUCCAAGAUGCUCAUUGUUGUUGAACCAGUCACCAUGGCCAUGGUGAAAGCAAUGGGUUCCCAGCCAAUUCUGAACCAGACAUUCUCUCUGACCUGUGAGACCACUGGAACCAUUUACUCCAUUCAUUGGAUGAGGAAUGGCUGGCCUCUGUAUGCUGACAACAGAACAGACUUCUCUAUGAACAACAAUACACUGACAAUCAACUCUGUCCAGCAUUCUGACAACGGAGACUAUAAGUGUUUUGCCUCCAACCCACUCAGCAACAUGACCAGCCGAAACUACAGACUGAUCGUCAACUAUGGUCCAGAGAGACCUGCUGUAACUAGUCCGGAUAUAGCAAUGACAGGACACAGCGUGACCUUCAACUGCUCAGCCUCCUCUCAGCCUCCCAGCCAGUUCAGCUGGUUCUUCAAUGGCUCCCAGAUGGCGGUUGGCUCAGUGUAUGAGACUGGCGCACUGAUCUUAGCCAGUAAUGGAGAGUACACCUGUGUGGCCUUCAACAACGUCACUGGCAGAAACAGAACUGUCUCCAAGAUGCUCACCAUCAUUGAACCAGUAACCAUGGCCAUGGUGAAAGUCAUGGGUGCCCAGCCAGUAGCAGACUACUUGUUUACACUGACCUGUGACACUGCUGGAACCAUUUACUCCAUUCAGUGGAUGAAGAACGGCUGGCCUCUGUAUGCUGAUAACAGAACAGACUUUUCUAUGAACAACAAUACACUGACAUUCAACUUAUUACAGCAUUCUGACAACGGAGACUAUCAGUGUUCUGCCUCCAACCCCCUCAGCAACAUGACCAGCCCAGAAUACAGACUGAUCGUCAACUAUGGUCCAGAGAGACCUGUUAUCAUGAGUCCGGAUAUAGCAAUGACAGGAUACAGCGUGACCUUCAACUGCUCAGCCUCCUCUCAGCCUCUCAGCCAGUUCAGCUGGUUCUUCAACGGCUCCCAGGUGGUGACUGGCUCAGUGUAUGAGACUGGUCCACUGACCUUAGCCAGUCAAGGGGAGUACACCUGUGUGGCCUUUAACAAUGUCACUGUCAGAAACAGCACUGUCUCCAAGAUGCUCACCGUCAUUGCACCUGUGACCAUGACCAUGGUGAAAGUCAUUGGAGCCCAGCCAAUACUGAACGAGAGAUUCUCUCUGACCUGUGUCACCGCUGGAACGGUUUACUCCAUUCAGUGGAUGAGAAACGGCUUGCCUCUGUAUGCUGACAACAGAACAGACUUCUCUAUGAACAACAAUACACUGACAUUCAACUUAUUACAGCAUUCUGACAACGGAGACUAUCAGUGUUCUGCCUCCAACCCCCUCAGCAACAUGACCAGCCCAGAAUACAGACUGAUCGUCAACUAUGGUCCAGAGAGACCUGUUAUCAUGAGUCCGGAUAUAGCAAUGACAGGAUACAGCGUGACCUUCAACUGCUCAGCCUCCUCUCAGCCUCUCAGCCAGUUCAGCUGGUUCUUCAACGGCUCCCAGGUGGUGACUGGCUCAGUGUAUGAGACUGGUCCACUGACCUUAGCCAGUCAAGGGGAGUACACCUGUGUGGCCUUUAACAAUGUCACUGUCAGAAACAGCACUGUCUCCAAGAUGCUCACCGUCAUUGCACCUGUGACCAUGACCAUGGUGAAAGUCAUUGGAGCCCAGCCAAUACUGAACGAGAGAUUCUCUCUGACCUGUGUCACCGCUGGAACGGUUUACUCCAUUCAGUGGAUGAGAAACGGCUUGCCUCUGUAUGCUGACAACAGAACAGACUUCUCUAUGAACAACAAUACACUGACAUUCAACUUAUUACAGCAUUCUGACAACGGAGACUAUCAGUGUUCUGCCUCCAACCCCCUCAGCAACAUGACCAGCCCAGAAUACAGACUGAUCGUGAACUAUGGACCAGAGAUGCCUGUUAUAAAGGGACCAGCAUUAGGAGAAACAGGACACAACUUGACCUUAAACUGCUUGGCCUCCUCUCAGCCUUUCAGCCAGUUCAGCUGGUUCUUCAAUGGCUCCCAUGUGGCGACUGGCUCAGUGUAUGAGACGGGCCCUCUGACUUUAGCCAGUCAAGGGGAAUACACCUGUGUGGCCUUCAACAACAUUACUGGCAGAAACAGCACUGCUUCCAAGAUGCUCACCGUCAUUGAGGCUAUAAAGUCAGUGAUGGUGAAACGAAACAAAAUUCCAAUAUCAUCUGACAACCUAACCCUGACCUGUGAUGUCACCGGGCGCUAUGACACCAUCUACUGGAUGAAGGACAACCUGUCUCUGGUCCUGAACAACACCUUGAACUCUGACAUAACCAUCUCUAACAACUCUCUGCACUUCAGUCCAGUCAAGGUGUCUAACGAUGGAAACUAUCAGUGCGUUGCCACCAAUCUCUUUGGUCCACACACCAGCCCUAAAUACCAGCUACGGGUGAACUAUGGCCCCCUGAGUGUGAACAUCUCUGGCCCAGUCUCAGUGGUGGUUGGCUCAAUAAUCACAGUCACGCUGAAGUGCUCUGCUGACUCCCGGCCAACCAGCGAUUACGGGUGGAUAUUCAACAACCAAUCAGUGCUAGGGACUGGUCCUUUGAUGGCUGUUAUCGCCUCCUUGGAGAAUGCAGGGGACUACACUUGUGUGGCCAAGAACCCUGUGACCAACAUCUCUAUGUCCAAGACCAUUAGUCUGGAUGUCACUGGCCACUCGCCUGCCCCUCCAUUCCUGUCCAGAGUUGGUCUGAUGCUGACGGCCCUGCUAGCCCUCUCUCUCUGCCUCUGAUCAACGACUGAGACCACCACAGUAAGCACACUGCAUGUCUGUCUGCUGGCUGGGAGCCAAUCACUCCCUUCCCUCUACCUUCACUGACUCCCCUCACUGAUCUGAAAAAGGACUGGAUAGAAAUAAGUGGUUUUGUAUCACAUUGUACUUGCCCCAUCUUGCCACUAUAAGGCUGGGUUUAGUAUGCCCAGCUCCUUUCCAAUGCUUUUACAUUGUGAGGAGAGAGAACAAGAGGUCAGAUGGGAGGGGUCUAUCCCCUUAGAAUAGAACCCACCUCGACAGUGUGUUUUUGUCGAUCAUCUCUAUAAAUAAAAACAAAAAUUUUGAAAACUGGUCUUCAACAUGAUAAAUGAAAGGGCAAACAUCCACUGCUCAGCAGCACUGCCUAGUUCUGUUUCUAAAUGUUCUUAGAUAUUCACUGCCCUUGUGACUGUGACUGUUGCCCUGGAGUCCAUUCACUGAGUCCCUUUCUGUAUUGUUCUGUGUUUGAUCAUGUAUGUAAACUCUGUUAUUUAAGUACAAAUUCAGGUUUAAUUAACUUGUAAAUACCUUAAAGGUAAAACAUUUAAAUUGAUAGUACAGUUAACUGGUGUUUAUGUAAAAUAUGACUUGUUUUUGCAUAAGCUUGUAAAUUCUCGGAGGAGAAGCAGGCUUGUGCUGUUGUCUUAUGUUUAUAUUUCCUCUUCAUUAAUUAUUGUCUUAAAUAAAGUGUUGUCUUUUCACACCUGUCCUACUGAA